AUGUCCAACCUCCCCAAUCCUUUACCAGUGGUCCUAUGUGGCCUAUCAACCAAAAUCGGAAAGCCCGUAGCAGAGGCCAUGCUACCCGAAUUCGAAGUGAUCCACUUCAUCCAAACCAAUGAUGCGGCUCUGGCCGAGAUUCCCCACCUACUCGCCGGUCGGGAUCCCCAGUCCCCCCACAAUAACGGCGUGGGCUCCGGGAAUUACACUCAGCCGGCCCGUGCGGUCAUUUUUGGCCGUGGAUUUUCUCGAUCCGAUGUUGAGACUUUCCGGGCAGCGUGUGAAGGUGUAAACCAGGAGCCGGUCGUUUGGGUUGUUGGUGAUUCUGCGAAGCAGCCUCCUGCCGACGCGCCGCCACCUGGGGAGGGAUAUGCUAAGAUUGCUGCUCAGGGUACAAAAGAUAUUAUUAUAAAGUGGAAAGAAGAUGGAGCUAUUAAGGAUGAGGUUAUUCUUUACUGA